CUGGCUCAAGGAUAUUUGAGUUUGUAGAAUACCAUGGGACAGGGGCCCAUACAUACAGUGUGUCAGAGGCGUUUGUAAUCUUUGUGGAUUCUGGUCAAUUGAUCCGGUUUGUAUCCUGGUUGUUCAGGGCACUUCUGCUCAUCGGCGGAUGGUCUGGCAUUUCUGAGGCAGAGGCAAGCCUUUUUCUCCUCUCCCCCUUUCAGUUGGCUUUUAUUUAAAUUUGGGCCAGGGGGUAGGCUUCCCAGGGAAAUAGCCUGCAGUGGCAAGAUGGCGAACAGAGGGUUGUGAGGUGGGAUGGUAAAUGAAAAACGCGUUCAUCGAUGAAUUAAGGUGUGUAAACCAAAGUGUAUGUGAUGGAACAGCAGAAUCAUUCAAAGCAGCUGCUGCUGCAGCUGAACCAGCAGCGAGCCAAAGGAUACCUGUGUGAUGUCAUCAUCGUGGUGGAGAACGCGCUGUUCCGCGCCCACAAGAACGUCCUGGCGGCCAGCAGCGUCUACUUCAAGUCGCUGGUCCCCCACGACAACCUCAUCAACCUGGACACAGAGAUGGUCAGCCCCUCCAUUUUCAGACAGGUGUUGGACUUCAUCUAUACAGGUCGUCUGUCCAGUUCUGACUUCGUCAGUGACCACAGUAUCUCGUCUCUGCUGAUCGCCGCCUCCUACCUCCAGCUGACUGAACUGGCAGCUCUCUGUCGCAGGAAGCUCAAACACAACGGACAGACCCCCUCCAGCUCCAACAAGAUGACCCCCUCCUCCUCCACCUCCCCAACCCCAAAUGGACACACCCCUGGCCCCCUCUGCCUCUCCUCCACCCCUCUCCACAACCACCAGCACCAUAACAACCACUCAGGGUCCAAGAAGGGGAGCCAGAGACCGGGCCAGGAGGGAAGGCUGAGAGAGGAUCUGUCCGAGAAGGUGUUUAUUUCGGGCUCCCGCUGUGCCUCCCUCAGCCCCUCUGGAGAAGGUAGGAGUAAUGGGCUGGGACUGGACCUGUCCAAAAGGAGUCCGUCAGAGAGCACUGCCACAGAGGAGGUGUCCCCCAGCAGUCUGCUCCAGAGCUCUUCCCCCCACUCCUCCUCUCUCUCCCCCACUCCUCCCACAACGUCUAGUGCCAAGCCAGAGCCUCCAAAGACCUCCACAGACCUGCAGCCCAGAGCCCCUCGCAAGAGGCCCCGAGGUGAUAAAGUGACCCCAGAGCUGGAGGACGGAGAGGUGAAUGGAGAGGAGAACGGUCUAGAUCAGAGUGAGGGGAGUGGGCACAGUGGGAGAGGAGGAGGAGGAGGAGGAAGAAAAGGGAGGAGAAACGGAAACACCAACUACAUCUAUCGUCAGCCCCAGCCAGGGUUUGAGCCAGGUGUGGGGGACAACCUGUACGUCUGCAUCCCCUGUGGGAAAGGCUUCCCCAGCUCAGAACAGCUCAAUGCCCACGUCGACACACACACCCACGACCAACUCUACAUGAAAGACGAGGAGGAGGAGGAAGAGGAAGAGGAAUGUGGUGGAUACUUGAAGGACAAAGAUCCGGACACGUGCCCAGACGACUCUGCAUCAAAGGGGGUGAAGCCUGACGCUGAAGAACCUGGGCAUCUCUGCACAGUCUGCAGUAAGAGCUGCAAGGAUGCGACAUCACUACGGCAACACGAGAAGAGCCAUUGGCUGAACCGGCCAUUCCCCUGUAACAUCUGUGGGAAGCUGUUCACUCAGCGAGGCACCAUGACGCGCCACAUGAGGAGUCACCUGGGCCUCAAGCCCUUCGCCUGCGAGGAGUGUGGCAUGCGCUUCACCCGCCAGUACCGCCUCGCCGAGCACAUGCGGGUCCACUCGGGGGAGAAGCCGUACGAGUGCCAGCUGUGUGGCGGGAAGUUCACCCAGCAACGCAACCUCCUUAGUCAUAUGAGGAUGCACACCUCGCCCUCAUAGAGGACACGUCACCAUCGUUACUGCAGCUGAACCACAGCUGCCUGGGUUCUAUUAGGCUGUCUACCUCAUCUUCAGAUAACUAUCUGGACCCUCUGUUACCCAUAGUACCUCCUCACCCUCGUAAACACACCUGGGUUCUACCUCAUUGUCAGCUAACCAUCUGGAGCCUUGGUUACCCAUAGUACCUCCUCACCCUUGUAAACACACAUGGGUUCUACCUCAACUUCAGAAACUCACCUUAAAAUGAAUUACCUCACCUUUAUAACCACUCACCCUGAGUAACUUUACAAAUAUUUUCAACCUCUUAACAACUAUCACUUAUACCCUCACCCUCGUAACAACUAUCUCCCAUACCCUCAACGAGGGAUUCAUAUUUUCACAAAAACCUACCAAGUUUCAAUACUGGGAAUAAUUCAUAUUUAUCCCAAGAGUCCCGGGAAAUACCGCAAAAAUUUGAAGUGCCCAUUCUCAAGCCUUUAAAACCAAGAUAUAUCACUAUGCCUGGGUUCUCCCAAAAUAAGAUUGUCGCUGUGCCACAAUGCCGGCUUGGCUGCGCCACUGUAAAGGUUUCACAGCGAGUGAAACUGAUAUUUAGUAAUGAUAGAGUAACUUUGAUCACCAAUGACAUUGUUGUGAAUUGCGAAACAGGCCGUUCAUGAAUUCUGAGCAUUAUCAUGUUACUCAAUUAAUUUAGCCCAGGACUACUGCUGAAAUCUGCUAUCUGGAGACAGAGCGUGCUCAGAACCCACAGAGCGUGCUCAGAACCCACAGAGCGUGCUCAGAACCCACAGAGCGUGCUCAGAACCCUCAGAGCGUGCUCAGAACCCACAGAGCGUGCUCAGAACCCACAGAGCGUGCUCAGAGUAGGCUAUAGCGUUGUCGAAUCAUACAAACUCUGGAACGGCAGUCAAACAAAAGUCAAAAGUUGCUACGCUUGUUAAACUCCAACGAAUGACAAAAUAUAUCCUAUUUGGCAAAAUGGAGUUGAUGAUUAUACAGAUAGCAGGUCAGCUCAUGAAUAACUAGUAGUUGAAGAGAGGAAAUUGUUUAAAGAUCACUAUAUCUUAACGGGGACCAUACUCUCCACUCUCGUACUGUUUGUUGACCUCACAUUCUGUACCGACGCUCUCACAUGGUCAGAAAUACGAAACAGCGCAGAGAAGCGGGGGAAAUGUUCCAGGUUUUUUGACAUGCUUUGUUUUAUUUUUUAUUUAUUUAACCUUUAUUUAACUACCCCGGCCAAACCCUAACCCGAAAAACGGUGGGCCAAUUGUGCGCCGCCCUAUGGAACUCCCAAUCACGGCCGGUUGUGAUACAGCCUGGAAUCGAACAAGGGUAGUGACGACUCUAGCACUGAGAUGCAGUGUCUUAGACCGCUGCACCACUCGGGAGCCUAAGCAGACACGCAUUGAUAAUGCAACCUAUGGAUUACAGAAUAAAGUUAGGAAUUUUCAUUCGAGACAGGAGUCAAGAUUCUUGGUUUCAGUGGGAUUAUUGGGACUAUAGGAAAAUAGCCUAGGCUCUAUAUAAGGCUUUAUACUACCUGUCUCAAUAGAUAAUACACUUGAAUUUGGCUACAUUAUUCCACACUAAAUGUUUCUGAUCAGUGAUAAACAAAUAAAUUAGCUAUCACUUCUACUUGUCCAGCCAAGAUAAAUUAACCAAAUGUAUAGACAGAUUCAGUGAAACAAAAUCCCAUUUAUUGAUUGACACGGGCCUUUUGUUGCGAGUAGGACAUGCUACUAUGCGAGUGAAGAGCAAGGAGACUUGUAUAACAUGCUAGCAACAUUUUCUGAUCAGCUAAUAUAUGAGCAAACUAGAAUAAAGAUGAUCAUUAGCACUCACCUCAACGUGGCUAACAUUUCCCCAGCCUACCAAACAUCCAAACGGAGAUUCAGUGAAAACAAAAAUCUGACAUUGAUUGAUUUAUCUAGAGGAGUACCCCACUCUUGUCUCGAAGCAGUGCGAUGGCGCUGUCUCAAUUAAAACCGCUGAAAUGAUCAUGUAGGUUACCACACACCACUACUGCUUUAAGUUAGUAUAAUGGUUGGAUAUAACUUUGGGAGUUUCAGUGUAACCAAGAAUUUGAUACAUGCAAUAAAUUAGCUUUCGACUACUUUAUUCUAAUAUUUUCAUAAUUCAGUUGAUCAUAACUAAGGUGUUUUCCUCUCUCUGCACUUUUUCUAGGCCCAAUGGCUGUUUUCUCAUCUCCUCACUCCGGUGCUGCCCACCUCCGCCACGUUGUUCUCAACACCAGUUUAAAUCAAUAUAGCCUACUGUUUUCUAGAAAUCUGGCAUUUUUUAACCUGUGAUGUCGGACCAGGCCUGGGAUCAGGCUUCAGCUCACCAGCUUGGGUCGGACCGGGAUCUAAUUUUUAGUUCUGAUGAGAACUCUAAACUGCAUUCAGGUCUUGUGUGCAAUCUGGCAUUUGCUUUGCAUUUAUGACGACUUUGUAAUGAAAAUAUGCUAGGCUAAAGGCUUCCAUGUGACAACCUGUUUGGAUAAUGUGCCAUUUUAUUUUUUGCCUAUCUGCUGCUGUAGAUGUUGGGCAUUUGGUGGAAUUGCAUUACUGCGACAUUGGGGGAAAAUUUUGUCAUUUCCCGGGUCUUGUCACAAUUUCUUUUCGGGAAAUGUGACAAGGGGUCCAGGGACAGUCCCAGGAUCCCAGUUACCAGUGUUAAUCCCUACCCUCAACCUUUUAACAACUAUCACCCAUACCCUCACCCGCUUAACAACUAUCACCCUCAUCAGGGCAACCAUGAUUCCGUACCUCUAUUUGAGAACUGUUUCUCAUCUUACUAAUACCAACCAUUACUUCACCCUUAGAAGCCAUCAUAAAUCCACAUUGAGCCAGCCAGCCAGCUGUACUGGCUAUCUCAGGGUCAACACACCACAGCUCUCCAUCUGACAUAAAACCAAAGACGCUUCCUCCCCAUCCCAGGCGGCUGAAAUAUGUUUUGAUGAUGAUGAUAGCUUUUAGCAUCCAACCAAACUAGCCCUCCCAGGGUGUCAGUCCCUGCUGUCGAUCCUCCAGGCUGUUGUAUUUGUCUCUCGCUGGCCAAUUGGCUCUCCUGCCUCAUUAUCAGACACAUACUGGACCCCAGGCAUGACUGGCUAACAGUCAGUAAUAUUAUGUUCUCCAGUUAGAUGGGACAGGUUAGUCAGCCUGGCCAGUGUGCAUAUAAUAACUUAUCACCUUUACAUACACUGCCUGUUGGAAACGGGGCAUUAUUAGAAAAUGAUCAGGGCUGUUCUAACAGCAAUGUUUACUUUAUUUGUAUUUCAUAGGUCAGACUUUGUAGUUUAACUUGGGGGUAAAAUGUUUGAACUUAGUUCUGCUUUUGUGAAUGUUUAGACUGGGUAUUUCUACUUUAAAGGGUCAGGUAGGGGUGUUUAUUUUUCAUUUGAGGCAUCAUACUCUGUUGGUACUGUUGUUUUGUCUGCGUUUUUCCGUUAAAGGGCUGGUCUACUGCUACUAACCCUGUCACACUGCUACCUCUUCACUCCUCAGAUGAACCAUUUAAUAAUACUCUCCCAGUAUCCCUGUAUUCAGUUUGCUUUUGGUUUUCAACAAGUUCCUCUCGUCUGUUAAUGCUGUGAGGAGGGGAGAAUAUUGCUUCCUGGAUAAGUGUUUUACUGGUACUAGUGUAGGAGAUUGUAAGGUGAAAUCCAAAGAGAGAAUUAUUGCAAACUAACAACAACUAACGUUUUUCAAUGUCAGCGUAGUUUUAAUGAUGCUAUUAUGUCCACUCCUAGUUCCACACAAACAGCCAUGUGGUAGGAAUGACUCAUGUUGAUUGGACCAACCUCACCUCAUUGCCUUACUUUGUCUUCACUAUGUCCUCAGGAGGACUACAUGUCAUUUCUGAACCUCUAAGAAUGUGUUGUAAUUGCUUUGUUUUAGACUAGUAAGUACAGUUUUAAAAUUCUCUUUCCUACAUGUUUAUCACUUAAGUGUUGAAAAAAGUCAUUUUUACUCCAGAAAAGUGUACAUAACUCAGGAACAUUGAUGUCAGGGUCUGGUAUCCAUACAGUACAUAUCCACACUUAUGAGUUCCGUUAAACUACAAAACUCUGGUUGUUUUGGUUCAUUUAGAAUGUCGACAAAUGAAAUGAAAGAGCAGAGAGAAAAAGAUAAACAUGUUUCAGCUGCGAGGGUGAUAAUUCUCACCCAUAUCUUCAGGGAUGGUUCCUCACAUUUUAACUGAAGAACCCUCCGCUGUGUUGUCAAACUGUCUGUACUGUCAGAAAGCAAAAACACUAGUUUCCUAAGUAAGAGAUUUUUUAGAGGAGGUGGUUGGUGAUUAUCUUCUUUCAAAUAACUUCUGGAUAAAAGGUAGAGGUGUUUAAAAUAUAUUAUAAAAUAUUAGUUCUUGAAUGUUAUCAGCAUGCAUUGUAUAAAAGAUACAAGCUUGUUCCAAAUCAACAGACUAUUUUCUAAACCAAAGCACAUACUGAAUGACCGAUGGCUUGUGUGGCGUAAAGUGUGCGUGUGUGGGAGUGUGAUCUCAUUGUUUACAUAAACCUAACAGUCAGAGCUCAGGCAAGGAAUCGUUUUUUUCACGUCUAGAAACAAAGAAAAGAACAGCAUUGUUUAUUUGCAUGUAUUGUUGAGCCUGUAAACUUAAGUAUCCGCAUGUUAUGAAAAUAUGAUGAAGCCAUUUUUGAUAUGUUGUUUGUUGGUGAUUGUUUGUUGUGACCAACCAAAUGUUUUAGGAAGGGGUAGAAACAACAUGUGUAGAGGGAGUAGGCUGUAAUAUCAAGUUAUUUAGUCUACAACUCAUUCUUUUUAAGAAUAGGAAAUAUUACCUCAGAGUACACCAGUCAGGGAUUUGGUCACAAACCCUUUAUCCAGUUCCCUUAUUCUAUUUAUCUCUUCCUGUCUCUCUCUUAUUAAGUAAGUUGUUGCAGUCACUUACAGACAGUGUAGUCUAUUGAUGGAUGUAUUUAUUAGUUGGAUCCUGUUUUAAACCGCUUUAUGAUAACUCAGUGGAUGGUAGUCAGGAGCUUUAUUACUUUGUUACUGCUAAUACAGUUUAGAGAGAAAAUAUGUUAAAGGGUUAGUUAACCCCAAAUAGCUUGACAACCACUCUGUGUGAGAACGUCAAACCAUGUUUGAUUGGGUGAAAUGACCCAUUAAACAUGAUAUAGCUAUAAAUCAGAUCAAGCUCCCAGCCCAAGACACUGGAGACAGUGGGAAUGUACUGCUCCUGUGGUAUAGGUGUUUUUUACCACUUUUACCUCAUCCAAAGCAUGUAGAACACAAAGAUGAAAUGUUUUUUAUUGUGCUACAUUGUUUCCUGUUUUUCUGAGAAUGUAAUCUGUGUUGUUGUCAUCUGUUGUAUAGGUGGUCUUCUCCAGUGGUAUGGGACCACUGACUCCUGGUACAGAUGCAAUAUGUAUUGUAUUCUACAGAAAGCAUUGGUUUUGUCAAAGCAACUUCUGUUAAAGGCUGGUAUUGUUACUAUUACAGAGACGCUUCUUGUUUAAUCUCUAUCUGAAAACCAAAGGUGUCUAUGGCAGCAUUAAUAUAUGUACAUAGUCACACGUGCCACUACUAAUCCAAACCAAGCCACUUAUGAACUAAACCAAAGGCAGUCUAAGGCAGCAGGUCUAUUCAUAUAAUUCCUAAGACUUCUGGGCAUGAGACCAUGUCAAAGCUGGCUUUAUGUAUUCAUUUACUCUGUCUUUGUACAACAAGUUUCUCUGUUCUACUAAAUAUUUGUUCAAUUAUAUAUAUUUUUCUCAGUCUUCAACAUGCUUACUGAGAAACUCCAAAGUUCAAUUCCUCAGAAUUUGUGUUCAGGAGUUUCUUGAUCCGUGUGGUUCUCGCUGCACCACCACGUGAUUCAACACAAUGUCAUGAUUCAGAGUCCACUGGUUAACCUGAAGUCUCUUAAUGUACAGAUAUCACUGUCAUCUUUAUAAAGAUCUUUUCAUUAAACUUGAUUGGAAAGAA